UCUCAGGCUCUCUGCCUGUCUACAGCUACCAUACCUACACUUCUAGCUCUAGAUCAGACAGCUGCCAGAUGAAUCAGACCAUGCAACCCUCCCACAGCUCUCAUCCCAGAUCCUCAGAACACACACAGGACCGAACAGCCCUCAAACGUGUAAGCUACAAGAACACCUCUCAGAUCUGUCCAUCUGCGGGCCACAGAGACUGGCUCUGCCCUGUGUGUCUGCAAACUGCCAGCUUCCCUGUACAGACCAACUGUGGCCAUCUCUUCUGUGCUCCCUGUCUGAUCUCGUACUGGAGACUUGGGUCCUGUCUGGAUGCCAUCAGCUGCCCUCUGUGUAGACAAAGGGUCAGUGUCCUGUGUCGUCUCGUCGGUGAGGGUCGGUCAGACAGAAAGGAGAGGGAGGUUCUGGGCGAAAUUACAGACUACAACAAACGCUACUCAGGAACCCCUCGAAGGGUGACAGACUACUUGUGUGACACGCCCCUGUUCUUGCAGCUGCUAGCUCGCAGCCUGGGCGCUAUGGGGGGGCUCGUGUGCCUCUUCUUUGUCAGAGUGGUGCUCUGCUGUCUUGGGGCCAUGGUGUCCCUCUCCUCUGCCCCCCUGGACACUCCAUCCUCCCUGUCUGGCCUCCUGGGGGUCCUGGAUGACCUGGUGGUAGUCUUCCUGCUGCUCACCUGUGUUAUCAACAUCAACCAGCAAAUGGCGCCAGAGAGUGGGAACUCCUCAGCACACACAGGGAGUAGGUCUGCUCAGUAACUCGCUGUAGCAGCAGAGAUGAUAACCUGCAGUGAUUUAACCUUGGUUUCAACAGGAGAUCUCAAGGUGAAGAAACUUUUUUUUGAGUGCGACCAGGCAAAAUGUCAGCAGCGUCCGUCUGCUGGUUUUCAUCCUGGUGUUAGCAGGUGUUGGACUCACUGUAGCACUAACAUAGACAACCUUUAGGUUUACAGCUAAUUACAGGUGAACAGCAGACAGUCUAACCAGGGGCCCAGUUUAUGCGUUGAUGAAUGUAUGCUGACGUAAGUGUCUCAACUGUCUCACACCUUGCCUUCUUUCUUUCCUUCAUGAGUGACCAGUGAUCUGGUGAGAUGGUGAAAGCUACAUGGUGGAACCUACACAACUAGUUUCUCCAUACAUGCGGUGUAGGCCUACCAGUGGAGGCUGGUGGGAGGAGCUAUAGGACAGGCUCAUUAUAAUGGCUGGAAUGGAAUUAAUGGAACGGUAUCUAACAUAAUUCCAUUAUAGCCAUUACAACCAGCCUCCACUGAGUCCUACUCAACUCAUUUGAGGGUGGGCACGUUUGAUGGAUUACGAUGUAGCAUUUUAUGAUGUUUUUUGUGUAGUGUUUAUUUCUACUCCUACAGUAUAUACAGUACCUGUAGCCUUUAUUUUGGAGACAGUUAUGGUUAUCACUGGCCUUCAGUGAGAGCUGGGGUCUGUUCAGGAGGGUGCAGAUGAAAUGUAGGCCUCUUGUGUUGCACCCUGCUCAACGCAACCCUGUUGUUUCUCAGUGACGCCAGUACUGUAAAAUUAAACUGUAAAUACUUAAUUAAUUUUAAAUAAAUAAUUUUACCAAGG